AUGGCUGAUAACGAAAUCAACCUGCCCCCUCCCAAGCGGUACAUUACCACCAAUGACCCCAAAACCGGAAAAGCCGUCUUCAGCAAAGCGAUGCCCGUUGAGGCAGAGGGCAGCGACCUCCUGAACGCGAAGCUCUACAAUCUCUAUACAACAUCGACGUUCCCGGUCGAGCUGGCCGACGACGCCGACAUCGAGGCCUACAAGCCCAACUAUCCCGAGAUGGCCAGUUUCCACGAUCCGAACGGCGUAUUAUUGCGCAUCAUUGACUGCCCCCCGAAUCUCUCGAAGUUUCCCCACCGGACAGAGACCGUUGAUUUCGGGGUGGUGAUACAGGGCCAGAUAGAGCUCGUGCUGGAUGACGGGGUGUCCCAAGUGCUCAACCAAGGCGACGUCUUUGUCCAGAGGGCUACGGUGCAUGAGUGGCACAACCCAAGCGAGACGGAGCCGGCGAGGUUCUUGGCUGUAUUGUUGCCAGCGAAGCCACCCAUUGGGCCAGAUGGAAAGCCAAUCGGGCCAUUGUUCGGUUCGUGGGAAUAG